GCCCCGCCCCCUUCUCCGGCCCGCGCCGCCGAAGAGUCAGUUCGCUGCGGCCCGCGGUCCCUAGUGUCGGCGCGCGCGAUGGCGCACGCUACCCCGCCGAGCGCGCUGGAACAGGGCGGCCCCAUCCGCGUGGAGCACGACCGACAACGUCGCCAGUUCUCCGUGCGCCUAAACGGAUGUCACGACCGGGCCGUCCUGCUCUAUGAGUAUGUGGGCAAGCGGAUCGUGGACCUGCAACACACAGAGGUCCCAGAUGCUUACCGUGGGCGUGGCAUUGCCAAGCACCUGGCCAAGGCUGCCCUGGACUUCGUGGUCGAGGAAGACCUGAAGGCCCACCUCACCUGCUGGUACAUCCAGAAGUAUGUCAAGGAGAACCCCCUGCCGCAGUACCUGGAGCGCCUACAGCCAUGACCCUGGCCACUGUGUGCAGGAGUGCACCCUGUGGGCCUUCUGUGUGGGCCUCAGCCAGCUCAUGUGCUCUCAGGAACCUGUUCCCAUGGGGACAGGCUCAGAGUUAUUUUUACAAGGACACUCGUCUGCAGCCUUCAUCCAGGAUUCUGGGGACCAGCUGCUGGCUGUGGAUGUGUGAAAAUCCAGAGUGGGAUGAAGGGCAGGCCAAGUGGCCAAGACCCGCUUCCCACAGAGAACCUCCAGCUCUGCUGAAGUCCUCUUCCCUCCGGCUCUGCUGAGGUCCUCCUCCCUCCAGCUCUGCUGAGGUCCUCCUCCUACCAGCUGCACACCCCUCUGGCCCGGCUACUGGGUCCCUGCUCUGAUCAGCAAGAGAGUGACCUAGAGUCCCUGCCACCACCUCCUGGCAUUGUGUCCUUUCUGCAAAUGAGGAGGGUGUUCCUGGAGCCAAGAAGAACAACAGGAACCCUGUGUGCCAGCUUCCCAAGGUGGAGGUGCCAAGCCUUAGCCACUGCCAGUGCUAACCCUUUCUCUGUCUCAGACUUCCGUGCCCUGGCACAGGCAGUGGGACAGCGGCAGAGGGCAGCUGAUCCUGGCGUGUGAGAGAGCAGUAGAUUCUACCCUGGCCCCGGCCCAUCUGUGAGCGUGAGCACAAGAGCCGGGGCAGGUGACAGGACGUCCUCUUCUCCUAGGUACCCACGCGGUUUGGCUUCUCAUGUGGGUUCUGCAAGAAAACAAGGUCCCUAUCAGAGGGUCUGCCUUCCCAUCUAUUCACCUGCAGGAGUCAACUCAGAGGCUUAGUGGAGGGAGGUCUGCUGAGCAGUCCAGUUCCCUCAGCCCGCUCUGACCUUGAGCUGUACUUGCCAGGGCCUUCCUUGUGGGUCACCUUCGAGAUGGAUGCGAUGGUGGUACACAAAAUCCAUUUCUUACCUUUUCUUGUACUCCUUGCUUCUGACCAUCUCCCCACUUCUGCAUAGGCUACUCCAGACAUCUGUGCCCAGAGCCCUUCCCACUCUGCAGGAGUCCUGAAAUCUGGACCAGGAAUCCAUGCAUCCUGGCUGGGAGGUCUUAAGCUCAGAACCCUUGGGCCUCACUCACCACUGCAGUCAUGGGCACGGGCCCUUACGGUUCCUACCCUCAGCAUCUCCCUACCUCCUGCACCUCUGGCUCUUACCCUGUUUUUGAUGCUCCUCUUCCAGCCUCCUAGAGUUCCAGGAUAGCCCAGCAUACUCCUCACUACUGCCUCCCUCCUCUGCCACCCUGUUCUGUCUGACAGGGACUCUUUGGGGUCCAAAGAAACCCUGGGCCUCUGGGAAGACAUUGCUGACUGCUCUGACAGCUGUGGUGGUAGUGUAUCCACAAUACAGUACUUGAAUGAGGGCCCUGAGUCAUGUGAACCCAAGAAAAGUGGCUGGGCUUCCUCCGUGGGCUCGGCUCAAGAUCCUGCGGGGCGGCCUGAGCAUUUCUCACUGCCCUGGCCCUGAUGGUGCCCGAGGCUUCACAGCCUUGCGGUGUAGCAAUAACCAUAUUUCUGCCUCUUCCUCCUGGCCAAUACUGCCCAACUGGGCCACUCUGGUGCUAUCCCAUCUGCCUCCCUCUGCCCCCAACACCUGUUUCAUGUCCUGAAUCACUCCAGGAGCCUGUGAGUAGGCACUGGCCACUCUAGACUUCGUGUUCCUUCAGCAGGUCUGUGCUGUGCUCUGACCUCACCCUAGGGUUUCUUUUCCUUGCCCAGUCUACACAGGCAGUAACUCAUGUGCCUUUCCUCCUCUGAACCUGCCACCAGUAGUACCUGGGCCAAGGCUGGGCUUGGGACCUGCACCCCUCACUUUUCUGACUUUUGAACACAUUGCAUGAUUCCAUUGCUCACUGUCAAAAGACUAAGGCACAGCGAGGUCAGGGGUCCCCAGAGCAAAGAAUAGGACAAGAUAGGUAGUGUAGGGAGGGCUCCUCCCCGGUGCCCAGCCUGCUUCUUGAUCCUCAGCACGGCCUGCAUAGUUGGACAGCUCCACUUCAGGGGUGUCUAGGCUCCAAAGGCUGCCAUGGCCUGACUGAAGCCUCCCUGCACAGUAGUGCAGGUAAGCAUCAGGAUCCCAGCCCAGGUCUGAAGAACUUAGCCAUUUAUAUCCCUACUCCACGUUACCUGAACCCCUCAUAGUUUUACCCUAGAGGCCACACUCUUCGUUGCUGGGCAACAGCUUUACAGGGAUUCCUAGAAGUCAUGGUGCCACACUAGCCUCUGACACGGGAGCUGCUCUUUGCCCUGAAGUUGGUCAUAUAGUGAUUCCUAACGGAACUAUCGGUAAGCACAGUGCAAGCGUUCCAAAUGGGAGCACAGGGAAUCUGCUCAUGCAGCCUCUCUUACACGGGGCCUAGCCCACGAGGGUGGGUUGGUAGCUAGUGUACUCAGUGCUAGGCCUUCAGGGUCUGUGGUCUCACCCCCUCCUUCAUUCUCAUGCAAAUCCCAAGAGAAGCCACUUACUGGGCCUGUCCUGCAGUUGAAGGAACAGGGUCAGAUUAAGGGUGUCACCAGCCUGCAGCCCGCACAAAUAGACAACCCAGGAUCUAAAACCUGUCCCUGACCCCUAGAUAGUUCCCAGCUGUGUAUCGUGGUCAGAUGUCUGCUUGGGAAACAAAUGACCUCAGUAAUAGUUAAAGUUUCUAGAAAUUCCCUUAUCCCUUUGAAGGGCUGAAAUGGGGCUUUGUCUUGAGUUGCAAGGUACAUUGGCCAGUGGCUGGAAGUCUGGGUUGUGAACAGGAACACUCCCUAGAGCACCUGCUCGCUUACCCGUUGUUCCUCAGAUCAGGACUUGGGCUGGUUCGAGUCCUCCCAACGUCCUUUUACUAGUCUCAGGGUCCUGCUUCCAGCUCAUUGCCCUAAGUUUCAUACACGAGAUCCUGUGAGGCUGUGGCUUGAACCUUUGACUGCAGCCUCGGGGAUCACAUUUAGGGGUUUCAGCUGUGUCCUAUGGCUUCAAGAUAUUAAAGAUGCUUUUCUGGUUGUCAAA